AUGGCGAUACAGGUCCAUCGAGAUCUCUUUCAGACUGGCCACUUCAUUCAAGCAACUGAUCUCAGCAUUGGUCCACAAGCCUGCCAUUAUUCUGUUAAUGAGACUGUUACCUUGAUUAUCUUUAAGGUGGAGUUCCAUGAGUGUGGCCACAAUUUACAGACAACAUCAGACUCCUUGUUCUACCACACUAGCUUGUACUAUAAGCCAGGCCCUGCAAGCAAAUUGGUAAUUGUUAGAAAGAGCCCAGUGGAGUUUCCCAUUACAUGCCACUACCCACGGAAAAAUAAUGUGAGCAGUAAUGUCAUCCAGCCCACCUGGGUUCCUUUCACUUCAGCAAUGUCUGAGGAAGGAAAGCUAUACUUUUCCUUGCAUCUGAUGACAGGUGACUGGCAGGCUGAAAGAGUUUCAACUCAAUACUUGCUGGGUGAUGAUCUCUAUGUUCAAGCAGAUAUCAGAAAAGGAAACCACUUGCCACUCCGCCUGUUUAUUGAUACCUGCAUGGCCACGUUGACACCUGAUGGAGAUUCUGGUCCACACUAUAAAAUCCUUGACUUCCAUGGAUGCUUGAUAGAUAGAACAUCUCAUGAUGCAGAAUCAUCCUUUAUAAUUCCAAGGUCUCAGCUAGAAACACUCCAGUUUACCAUACCAGCAUCCCAAAUUGCUGGAAAUGAAAGAAGCUUGAUCUACAUUGCAUGCCAUCUGAAAGUCACUGCAGCGGCCAAAGAGCCAGAUCCCUUAAAUAAAGCUUGUUCAUUCAACAAAGCUGACAUUUUUUAAUCUACCAGUUGGUUACCUGUAGAGGGUUCCAUUGACAUCUGUAACUGCUGUGAGACUAGAGACUGUGGUUCUCGUGGAAGGCACAAAUCAAACGAUACCAGCAGUCUUCAUGUGCCAAGCCAGAGGAAACAAAUGCCUUCUGGAACAGCUGUAGUUGACAUCUCUAAAGGAGAAAUGGAGGCUGACCUUGUGGUGGGUCCAGUCUUAAUCCAGAAGGCUGCUAGAAAUCAUCAGAGAGACCAAGUAGGAACAGAGGAAGAGAUGCUGGCAGAAGGCGAAUUUCCUGUGAUAGAAGCAGAGGCUGAUUCUACAGUUGGACAUCACUUUAUCCUCAAGGCUGAUAAAGCACUAAGAUGGCUUCUCGACUCAAAUGAAACUAUGAAAGAUGAGCUAUUGCAUAUGGCAUCUAAUGAUGUCACUGCUGAGCUAAACUCUGACAAUGAAAGGCCGGACAAUUUGACAUUACCUUUGGAAGUGGCCAAGAUGUCACUACAAGGUAUGAUUAUAAUUGCAGGGCCCCCUGCCCUACUUGAUCCACCUUGUCUGCAUGACGACGACAAUGAUGAUGUGGAGGCCCACACAGACCAAAGAAUCGCUAUUAGCAAAUAA